AUGGCCAACGGUAUUGAUGAGGUGGUUCCUGUGGAGCUGUCAAAUAUGAGUAGCCACGAAGAAUGGCUUAAUUCCAUAAUAGAUGCAGCUGAAGGAGCGAAUAGUACUACUACAAAUUCUGCGUCUGAUCAAGCUCCAAGGCGUCAAAGGCCGCCGGCAAGAUUAAUCCACAAGGUUCCUCAGAUGCUGGGAGAAACCAAAGCCGAGUUUGAGAAAUACUAUGCUCCGAGGGUUGUCUCUAUUGGUCCUUACCACCACCACAACCUGCAGCAGCUCCAUCAAAUGAACGAGUUCAAGCUUAUAUUCACAAGGAAGCUUGUCUCAAACGACAAGCAGAAGCUUGAUGGCUUGUACAGCGAGCUUUUCCAGAUGAUCAAACAGGUGAGGGACUGCUACGAAGAGACAAAUGUUGCUAGUUUUAACGAUGAGGCGUUCACAAGGAUGAUGCUUAUUGAUGGCUGCUUUAUAUUGUAUUUCAUUCAUUGCUCCCAAAACGAAAAUGAUAGGGUCCGGGUGGGAUUGAAACCUUACCACAUCCCAUUCGUGCAGCAGGACUUGUUCUUGCUCGAAAAUCAACUGCCUUUCCUUGUCCUUGACGAGUUGAUCAACUCACCAUCAACCAUUUUAACCACAACUGAUUGGAUGCAAAAGGUGGGAAAGUUCAUUGAAGACAAAAUUAUGGUGCCACAAUACGGCACGAAGCAGAUCAAUAAGCGACAGGUGGUUCAGGAUAAUGAUUAUGCGCAUCUUCUUGAGCUUCUGCACAAAAAAAUGGUAGGCCCGGUAGGCUCUGGGAUUCGUGAGGUAUGUUCUUAUAAUUGGUACAAUUUCCGGAAUGUGAAGGAGCUCAUAGAAGCCGGCAUCCGACUCAAGCCUUCAAAGACUAGUUUCUUGACCGACAUUUGUUAUGAACGUGGCUACCUUGAUAGGCACCUAACGCUUCCUCCAAUAACUGUGGAUGAUUCAACAAAGUCCAAGUUCAUCAACUUAAUUGCCUACGAAAUGUGCCCAGAGGCCUCGGAUGAUAUAUGGGUCAUUUCUUAUAUAUGCUUUCUCGAUGCACUUGUUGAUCAAGCCGAGGAUGUUAAGGAGCUGCGUUCAGCGGGAAUACUCCACAACCACCUUGGCAGCGACCAUGAAGUGGCUACUCUCUUCAAUGAGAUAGCCAUCGACUUGGUGCCGCUGCCUUGUGCUUAUAAUAAAGUCAAAUGUGACAUUCAAGCUCACUACCACAGCAAAGGGUUGAAUUAUCUGGCUCAAUUGAAGCACCAGCAUUUGAAGAACCCGUGGACCAUCAUGGGCCUCAUUGCCGGAUUUAUACUUCUUAUUCUUACUGCGGUUCAAGCCUGGUUCCAAGUCUGGUCUCGUCCCACUGAAUGUGACCGUCUUUGCAAGUUUAUUAAAGAUAAUCACCACAUAUGA